AUGUCACCAGAAAUCAAGCAGAGCGGCCCGUACGGCGGCCUCGACCCGGGGCAGCUCGAGGCUUUCUGGCGCGACGGCUACCUGAUCAUUCCGGAUGCGCUGCCGCCGACCACCACACAGGCGCUGCUGGACGAGACGCACUCGAUGCUGGACGACUUCUCGCUCGCCGACCACCCCAUGACCAAGUUCAGCACCGGCGAGAAGUCGGACCACGUCGGCGACGACUACUUCCUAAGCUCGGGCGACAAGAUCCGCUUCUUCUUCGAGGAGGACGCCUUCUCGGACACCGGCGAGCUGACCAAGCCUAAGGCCCGCGCCAUCAACAAGAUCGGCCACUACCUGCACGCCCUCAGCCCGCCCUUCGCCUCGCUGCUCGACCCGGCCCUCAACCCGGACUUACUCGGCGCUGGCACCACGGGUGGCUCGGUCGAGGCCGGACGCAAGGAGUCGCACCCGGCCGCCGUGGCGAGGGCGCUGGGGUUCAGGGACCCAAGGGUGCUGCAGAGCAUGGUGAUCUGCAAGCAGCCAGAGAUCGGGGGAGCCGUGCCGCCGCACCAGGACAGCACCUUCCUGUACACGGACCCGCCGAGCGCCGUCGGGUUCUGGUACGCGCUGGAGGACGCGACAGUGGAGAACGGAUGCCUCAGCUUUCUCCCGGGGAGUCACCGCUGGGCGCCCGUGAAGCAGCGGUUCGUCAGGGCGGAGGAAGGAAAUGGAACGACGUUUAUUGACACGGACGGGCCAAGGUUCCCCAAUGAGAGCGAGUACGGUCAGAAAUCGAAUGGCGCGGCUGAUGAGGACGGGGCGUACAAGAUGGGCGAGGUCAAGGCCGGCUCGUUGGUAUUGAUACAUGGAAACUUGCUUCACAAGAGCGAGAAGAACCUCAGCCAGAAGGGGCGCAUAAUCUAUACCUUUCACGUCAUCGAGGGGGAGGGUGCGAACUAUGACAAGAGGAACUGGUUGCAGCCGCCGAGCGAGGGGUUCACCAAAUUGUAUAGGGAAUGA